AUGACAGCAGAGGAGGGUCAGGAGCAGGAGACGCAGCAACCGCGAAAAAAUGCAGUGCUACGGCUCACCCCAAUCAAGUCUCUCUUUGCUUUGUUAGUAGUAGCUGCUGCCGUCGGCCUCUCAAUCGGUCUGACCUACUACUUUACACGGAAAGCCUUUGAUACUACUGGUGGAAAUGGAAAAGAGGAUCAACCCGUUGUCGAUGAUAAUUCCCCAUCAGCUGAAGAACUACGUCUCCCAACAAAUAUAAAACCUUUGACAUACGACUUAGUAAUUAAAACGUACCUGCCAAACUAUGUAAACUACCCACCUGAAAAAGAUUUCGCUAUUGAUGGGACUGUGGUGAUUGCUAUGGAAGUUGUGGAGCCAACGAAGUCUAUCGUGCUCAACUCAAAGAAUAUUUCUGUAAUUGCGGACCAGUGCGAACUGUUUUCUAACAAUCAAAAACUCGACAUCGAAAAAGUUUUGGAUCAGCCGAGGCUAGAGAAAGUCGAGUUCGUUUUGAAGAAAAAGCUGGAGAAAAAUCAGAAAAUCACGCUCAAGAUUGUAUACAUUGGUCUCAUCAACGACAUGCUUGGCGGACUUUAUCGAACAACUUAUACAGAUAAAGAUGGUACAACUAAGAUUGCUGCAUGCACUCAUAUGGAACCGACAGACGCCCGUCUUAUGGUCCCCUGUUUCGACGAGCCGACGUUUAAGGCAAAUUGGACCGUGACAGUAAUUCAUCCGAAGGGCACCAGUGCCGUGUCAAAUGGAAUAGAAAAGGGAGAAGGAGAAGUCUCUGGCGAUUGGGUCACAACCAGAUUCGAUCCAACCCCGCGAAUGUCUUCAUAUCUGAUUGCUCUUGUGAUUUCCGAAUUCAAGUACAUUGAAAGUUAUACGAAAAGCCGUGUUCGGUUCCGUAUAUGGGCUCGUCCAGAAGCUAUGAACAUGACACAAUAUGCCAUGGAAGCUGGAAUCAAAUGUUUGGAUUACUAUGAGGACUUCUUCGGGAUCAAAUUCCCGCUUCCAAAACAAGAUAUGGUUGCUCUUCCUGACUUCUCAUCUGGUGCUAUGGAGAACUGGGGUCUCAUCACAUACAGGGAGGGUUCCGUACUGUACGAUGAAAACCUCUACGGACCAAUGAAUAAGGAGCGGGUUGCAGAAGUGAUUGCACACGAGCUUGCUCAUCAGUGGUUCGGUAAUUUGGUCACGAUGAAGUGGUGGGAUAACCUAUGGCUAAACGAAGGAUUCGCGUCAUUCGUAGAAUACAUUGGAGCCGAUUUCAUCAGCGAUGGUCUAUGGGAAAUGAAAGAUUUCUUCCUGCUGGCACCGUAUACAAGUGGUAUUACGGCUGAUGCAGUAGCUUCAAGCCAUCCGCUUUCCUUCAGAAUAGAUAAGGCUGCAGAUGUAUCGGAAGCAUUCGAUGAUAUCACAUACCGUAAAGGAGCAUCCGUUCUUCAAAUGCUCUUGAAUUUAGUUGGAGACGAAAACUUUAAGCAGUCUGUUUCGCGUUACCUCAAGAAGUUUUCAUAUGAUAAUGCGGCUGCUGAAGAUUUAUGGGCAGCAUUCGACGAAACCGUCCAAGGUAUAACCGGACCUAAUGGUGGACCAUUGAAAAUGUCCGAGUUUGCGCCACAAUGGACAACUCAGAUGGGAUUCCCUGUUCUUACUGUCGAGUCGGUUAACGCAACGACUUUGAAAGUCACCCAAAAGCGAUACAGGCAGAACAAGGAUGCAAAGGAACCAGAGAAGUACCGUCAUCCAACUUACGGGUUCAAAUGGGAUGUUCCUUUGUGGUAUCAGGAAGAUGAACAACAAGUGAAACGAACUUGGUUAAAAAGAGAGGAACCGCUUUACUUCCAUGUCUAUGAUCCACGAACAAGAAACGCUCUCAUAAGCGAUGCGUUCGCAGCGGCUGCGGUUGAGGAAAUGGAUUACGAGACCGUAUUUGAAAUGCUCAAAUACACCGUGAAAGAAGAGGAUUACUUACCAUGGAAAGAAGCAAUAUCAGGAUUCAAUACAAUUUUGGACUUUUUCGGCAGCGAACCCGAAUCUCAAUGGGCUUCGGAAUACAUGCGAAAAUUGAUGAAGCCAAUUUAUGACAAGAGUAGCAUCAAGUUUAUAGCGGAGAACUACAAGAAAGAUGAACUUUUCUUCAAAAAGUAA